UCCCGUCCUCCCUCGCGCACGCGCCCUGUCUCCCUCCCUCUCUCUCACUCACACACAAAUCUUUGGGAUUUUUCACAUUUUUCGCCCCGAAGGACGAAGUUAGGAGCCGAGCGGGCCUCGCAAAGCCCAACCACCCCCUCCUUCCCCUUUGGAGUUUCCUCUCCCAAAGCUCGGCCUUUCCGGAUCUCAACCGACAAGGAUUUCAGAGUUUGGCUUCCCCGCCUCUUUUUUAAUUUAAAUCCGACCCCCCCCCCCUCCACCUCGCCAAAAAAAUAAACAAUCAAAACUCCAAGAUGAAGGGAGGAAUGUUCUCUUUCGUUGCUUGCUUCCUUGCCUUCUCCAGAGCUGCUGCUGCUGCUGUUCCAACUGCUGGGGAAAUUGCACAUCCAAGUGGAAAAUUUCCCAGAGUCAGCAGAAACAUUGUGUCCAAAAAAGAGAGACAAAAGUCACAGUUCCAAAACAAGGAGAGGAAAGGGAAUGAGGAGGAGAGAGGGAGCUGCCUUUCCAUAGGAACCCUGGGAUUAUUUGUUUCCCCUUUGAGAAGGCAAACUCCUGCGAACUCCUUCCCUUCCGUGUGCCUGGUGCUCAAAAGGGAGUUGUAGUUGCCCUCUUUGUUCACUGAAUUUACACUCCCAAAGAAAGGAAGUCGACUUGCAGGGAGGAGGGAGGGAAGGAGGCGAGCUGAUCCAAAUCCAAAGGAAAGUUCAAGAAGCAAUCCUGCCUUCAGCCAAACUCGCUCUCUGAUCUUUGCGAGCACAUAAUCCUGGCUGGGCUUGGUUUAUUUCAUGUCGACUGAUGUCACCGUGCAAAAAAAUAUAUUGAGGGAACAAAAGAAAUGCCAGCCCACCUGUUUCUCAAGAGAGUUGUUCAGGCGUUAGAAGCAAGCCUCUGCUUUGAGUUGGGGAAAUGAAUAGUGGCCUCUGUAAAAGUCUCAGAAACUUAAUUUAUUCUGUUGAAGCUUCCAGGCUGAGGCUUGGAGCACCCAGCCGGCACCAUUGAGCCCAGCAGCUGGAGCGGCAGCGAAAGUCCUGCCGAGGACAUUGAAAGAAUGAGCGAUUCAGCAGAUAAACCUAUUGAUAAUGAUGCUGAAGGAGUCUGGAGCCCAGAUAUUGAGCAAAGCUUUCAGGAAGCACUAGCUAUAUAUCCUCCAUGUGGACGAAGGAAAAUUAUAUUGUCUGAUGAAGGCAAAAUGUAUGGUAGGAAUGAACUGAUAGCCAGAUAUAUCAAACUUAGAACGGGAAAGACAAGGACCAGGAAACAGGUGUCUAGUCACAUUCAGGUUCUUGCCAGAAGGAAAUCUCGUGAUUUUCAUUCCAAGCUGAAGGUAACAAGCAUGGAUCAGACCGCAAAGGACAAAGCACUCCAACACAUGGCAGCCAUGUCAUCAGCUCAAAUAGUAUCUGCAACAGCGAUUCACAAUAAGUUGGGCCUGCCAGGAAUUCCCCGUCCUACAUUUCCUGGAGCACCUGGUUUUUGGCCAGGGAUGAUACAAACAGGACAGCCUGGAUCUUCACAAGACAUAAAGCCAUUUGUUCAGCAGGCCUAUCCUAUACAACCAACAGUCGCAACCCCCAUUUCAGGAUUUGAACCUGCAUCAGCCCCAGCACCCUCAGUUCCUGCUUGGCAGGGUCGCUCCAUUGGAACAACUAAACUUCGGCUGGUAGAAUUUUCAGCUUUUCUUGAACAACAAAGAGAUCCAGAUUCUUAUAAUAAGCACCUCUUCGUACACAUUGGACAUGCCAAUCAUUCUUACAGUGAUCCAUUGCUGGAAUCGGUGGACAUUCGUCAGAUCUAUGACAAAUUUCCUGAAAAGAAAGGUGGCUUGAAGGAGUUGUUUGGGAAAGGACCUCAGAAUGCCUUCUUUCUAGUAAAAUUUUGGGCGGACUUAAAUUGCAACAUACAAGAUGAUACCGGGGCAUUCUACGGUGUAACGAGUCAGUAUGAGAGCUCAGAAAAUAUGACAAUCACCUGUUCCACCAAAGUCUGUUCAUUUGGGAAGCAAGUGGUAGAAAAAGUAGAGACUGAAUAUGCACGGUUUGAGAAUGGCCGGUUUGUGUUUAGAAUAAACCGCUCUCCGAUGUGUGAAUAUAUGAUCAAUUUCAUCCACAAGCUCAAACAUUUACCAGAGAAAUAUAUGAUGAACAGCGUCUUGGAAAACUUUACAAUUUUGUUGGUUGUAACAAACAGAGACACACAAGAAACCCUACUUUGCAUGGCUUGUGUAUUUGAAGUUUCAAACAGUGAACAUGGUGCACAGCAUCACAUCUACAGGCUUGUAAAGGACUAAACAGUUAUUUAUAGACACAUCACAUUAUAAUUCCUCCUGAAAAUACAGACUGUCAACCUCAAUACUAAGUGACAGUUCCUUUGGCUGAGCUUUUCCUGACAUUUUUUUUCUAAACCUCAUUUUAGUGUGUCAGUAUAUAUUGUAGCUGUGAAAUUUCUGGUACAGUUGUACAAAUUCUUUCAAAACAAGUGUUCUUCAAAUUUAUAUUCAACACCAUUCUUCGGGGAGACUAUAUUUAAGCAUUUCAAAGCCUUUCUGGAAAUUUAAAUUUUUUUGUUGUUGUGUGAAAAGAGUAUGAGGACAUUUGCCAUGGGAAAUUUUAACAGCAAUUUAAUGAGCUGGUGAGGUAUUUUGUCUAAAUUAAUAAAAACUUGUUUUUAAGAUGGAGGUGAAAUUGAAAUGAAUUUUAACUAUAAGCAUAAAAUUAGCACAUAAAUUCUUUUUAGAAUUAUCUUCAUAAGUGAUUACUGUGGGAGAUACAUAUGAAUGUAAUUCACUAAAUUAUUUUAUAAGUGCAACUCAAUUUCUGUUUGAAGCCAAAUGAUAAACAUAGCCUUAAUAAAUGCCUGUUGGGAGCAGACAGAUCCUAAAAGUAGGCAAUUGCCCCCCCCCCCCUCGGCCUUUUUUUUCUUUCUUACCUCUGUAUUAAAACUAACUUUCUAAUCUAUUAAACUUUUCAAUCAGGUAUUGCAAAGCGAGAAGACUUUAUUCAUUUUACUAAUUAAUUAUAGUGCAUAAAAAAGACAAAAAGUGUUGUACUAAUAAGGAGAUUGAUUUUUUAAUUUACAAGAUGGCUCGUUUUGCAAUAACUUGUUAAUACUGAAAAAUUAGACUUAUGUUGUAUGUGAUUAUGGGUGUGCUUAUAUAUUACACGAGAAAUUCUUUUAUUUGUAUCCAUUUUCCCAAUGACCCAAGAAAUUGCUACACCAAAUGAUCAAAUGUAAAGGGUUAUUUAAAAUGUUGAACUAAAAUUCAACUGAAACACCUCUAAAAGUGAUUGAGAAAAGAAUGGCAUAUAAGCAAAAGGUUCAUCUGUUUUAAUGUCUUUGGAAUACUACAAAACUAGGAAUCACCACUGAUAAUUUCAAGUUGGGGUAACCUAAUAACCUGAAAUUAGCCUAGUGACCAUAUCAGCUGGUCUAUCAGAUGUUUCAGGGAGACACAAAGUUGAUUUGUACUGAAUCAGAUCAUUGGCCCAUCUCUCUAUUGCAGUUUUCUCCUACGUCUCAGACCUUCUCUAAGCAAAGGUACUGUUCUACCACCAAGUUGUAGCCCAGUUCUAGUAAAUCCCCUUUCUAAACAGGAUCAUUGCCAAACCCACGUGUCUGUACGAAGCAGAAAUUUUACAGACUUGUCUUUGGGACACUGAUAUCAAGAGUCUGAUGUGAUAUGGCUGCAAAUAAUGGGGCUUCAGACUUGUCAUUGGCUCAUGUAGCCAGUCCCAUCUUUCUUUUCCUUGUUGCUCAAAUAUUUGCUGCUAGUAAUAAAAAAAAAUUAGGAAAGAGGACUCUUGCGCCACGUUUCCUUCUUGCUUUAUACAAACUUGUAUUAUAGGACAAAAUCCACAAAAAUUGUUAUACCUUUAUUAAGCCUACUAAAAUGCACAAAAAACAUGCAAGUUUUCAAAGCUUCAUGGCUUCUUCAUCAGACAAUGUUAAAAAUCACAGAGUAAUCUUUGAGAUUACUUCUAUUAUCAUAGAAAUGGUCUCGAGAGGGAUAUCAAGUUAGGCAGAGGCCACUCCCCCUUCAUGGUAUGUGGGAACCAAGGACAGUAAAUCACAGGCAAUAAAAUGUCAAAUCAUUUAGCUUUAUAGGUAUAUAGAUAAACUAUUACAAUGAGAGGUUUUAUUCCGCUUCAGAAGCAAUUUGAGCAAAUGGCGAGUUCUUCCCUAGAGAAAAGAUACCUACAGUUUAAUCCUAUACAUGUCUACUCAGAAGUAAGCCACAGUGAGAUUAGUGGGACCUACUCCCAAGAUAAGGGUGUAUAGGAUUUCAGCAUUAGUCACAUUUAUAUUUGUGAAUGUUAAACAGUCUUCUGUCUUUUGUGCAUGCCAUUUUGUUCAUAAUUGAGUUCACUAGUCAGAAGAGAUACUGCAUCCCAGGAUCUGGUGCAAAUAAUGAAAGUGAAACAUCUAAUAAGUUACCCAUGAAUGUACACCUACACACAAAAGUUUAGAGGGGAGAGUCUGGUAAAUUGGGAGUGUAAUUUCUAUCCUAAAUGUGUAUUCCUUCCAGGCCUUUGUUUGUGGACCUUUAGGACCUUGAAUCAGCCCCUUGAUACAGAAGCAUCCAAAUUUAGAAAGGGAGGAUACCUUAGUGGCACUGGUAGCUAAUACACAUGGGAAUGCUGCUUCAUGCAUGCUUGUGUGAUUGAUAUUUGUAAUGUACAUAUGCAGGAUGUGUGUUAUUAUGUCUUCAUAGAAAUCUGUGAACAGUUAGAAAUAUUCAACUCCAAUGUAAGGAUGGUGGAAAGGGGUGGAAUACCCAAUGGGUAAAACUCUAUAGUUCAAUCUAGCUAUGGUAUUUCGGCUUCUAUUCUAAAGAGCUGCACAACGUGUACAGUCUUGUGUGCAGUCUUCCAGUCAUGACCAUACUGGGAUCUUCUGAACUGGUAAUCUCUGCUAAAACAUGUGCAGUAUAUGAAGAGGCAGAAUGUGAGUGUAGAUGAUUAUCUUAUCUAGCAUACCUUAUAUGCCUUAGAUCAAUGGUUUUCAACCUGGGGUCCCCAGAUGUUUUUGGCCUUCAUGUCCCAGAAAUCCUAACAGCUGGUAAACUGGCUGGGAUUUCUGGGAGUUUCAAACCAAACAUCCUGGGGACCCACAGGUUGAGAUCCACUGCCUUAGAUGGAUAGAAACAGACAAGUAUAAUCCCAAGCCAGGGAUAAUACUAAAUCUUCAAGUCCUCUGCAUGUUCAGUGUCUCUGGACCCACAGAUAUUAAGACAGAUGGACUUCCCAGAGCUGCAAUCCUAUGCACAUUUGCCUGGGAGUAAAUUCUAUUCAAUUCUUCUGGGUAGAUUUGUAUAGAAUUGUGAUCUCAUUCACUUUAACUCUGAGAACUGUGGAACUGGGUGUUUCUGGCUGAGUUUCUUCAUAAACAUUAACAAUGAAUUUGACAGAAAUAUUGGAUAUUAUCCAUCUAAAGCAGCCCUUUAUUUGAAGCACUUGGUGUUAUAAGCCUAACAUUAUUUUUACAAAGAUGUUAUCC